GGCUAAUCAAUCAAUUUAUUUAUAAUUCUGUUUUCUAGAGAAAAGUUUCCAAAAGCUUGGGUUAAUACUCUCCGAAUCUACUGUAUGACUGAUGACAAGGCGGAGAAAGUAAUCCAAAGCCUGCAAGGGUUCAAACCUCUGAAAAUAUCUAGGGAUAUAGAAAUAACUGAUAGCUCGGAGAUCUCAAUCAAGCUCAGUGGUAAUUUACUCCAGUUAGUUGAGGAUCCAUUUACCCGUGAACUGCUGCCAGUCAGCACUAUUCGAACCCAGUUUAUCAGGGAAACCUUUAAGUUUACUGCCUUUCAAGAGAAUGCAAUUACUCUUCUUGUUCAACCAAAGGAUAAUGCAAAACCUUUGGCUGGAAGUUUGGCAUUCUAUAGAAAAUUAUCUAACAUCAGCAAAACCCAGAAUAUUCUUCUCUCCCAGCUGAAUAUAAAUUCUGCAGGGGAAUCAGGUUCUCCGGAUGAGUUUAUAAAGGAAGAUGUUGAAUUCCAUUAUACUGAUUCUUUAUCUAGAACGAAACACGAUCAGGAUCUUCCUCUCCCCCGUCUUCUAGAGUCGGAAUAUGAAGAGGUGAAGAAACCAAGGUAUUCUGAAGAAGAUAUUUAUGAGAAGAUUGAAGCUAAAGCGGAGAAUGGUAGAACCACUCUUUCCAAGAUUAACAAGAAUAAGAUUCCAGAUUCUCCUGAAGACCCUCCUCUGUCUACUAAAACAGAAACGUUCAAAAUGGCGACUUUAACACCAGAACAAGGGGAGAAGAAAGAAAUGAAAGAGAAGAAAGAAGAAAGCAAAAAAGAGAAGAAGAAAAAAGAUGAAAAGAAAGAAGAAAGUGUUUCUAUGAAAAGAUCCAACCUUUCUCUGGACAAGUUGAAAAAUUCAAACCUUUUCAGGAAGAAAGAUAAAAAGGAGAAGGUAAAAUCCUUCAAGAAUACAGACCUAGAUGAGAUGAGAACUAGCUACGCCUUAACACAGGGUGUAAAAGUUGAGAAAGCAAGAAAGAUCUCAGCUCCCACUCAAUCCUAUAAAAGUACAGAUUUAUAUACACUUCAGAGAACAUAUGCUGAAAAGCAGGGUGUCAAAUCUGUAGAGAUAAGAGAACCUAAGUUUCCUCAACAGAAGUUCGAAACCAAGGACGGAUUUCACCGUGCUGAAUCCAACCCAGAUACAAUUCAAACUGUGAACCCUGAGCCAAGGGACCAGAAUCUGGAAAAUGAGAAUAUUUUAAAUGGGAAACUUGAAAUCAGAAUCCUGGAGAAGGAACCAACCAUCCUGGGUAGAAAACCUUCCUCGAGUUCUCCUGAGUCUGAACCCAUCUUUUCCAAUACGAACUUUAAAGAAGAUCAAGUUCAACCCUUAGAAGUUCAUACCGAUGCCGUUGAACUUUAUGAGCCUGUAAUAUUGAAUGCGAAAAACAAAGAUCAUGAUGUAAAGAAUGAAGAUCAUGUUACCAGAGAAGAAGAUCAUAUCACAAAGAAUAAAGAUAUUGUUAUACAUAAUAACAGUCGUGGUACAGAAAAUGAUGAUUAUGUUAAAAAUAAUGAUGAAAAUGUUACCAACAUUAAAGAUCAUGUCGAAAAUAUCUUAGAUCAUGUAAAAAAUCAUGAAGAUACUAUUACACAAGUUGAAAUUCAAGAAAUCAAUGAAGACAAAAAUGGCGAAAUAAAUGAAGUUAAAGAAAUACAAAAAGAAAUCAUUCACGAAAUAGGUGUUGUUGGUGAAAUAGAAAAGAUUGAAGGUGUUGAAACCACACCUAGCUCUAAGUAUAGAAGUAUACCUACACAGAUUGAGUUUACAGACUCUAACACCCCAGGUGGAGAAGAAACCUCAACUCAACCUCUUCGGCCUGAGACAGGUCUGGAGAAAGAAGAAAUCAAGUCCUCUGAUGAGGUAGAAACCAUUGGAUUUAUUGAAAAUGAUCGAAAUGAUGACAUUAUUGGAUUUGAUGUAAGACCUGAACUAGAGAUCAGACCAGUUCAACCAGAUUCAAAACAGCUGGAUUUUCCAGGGUUUGGAGAAGAAAGCGAGAUUAAGAAAAAAGCAAAGAAGAAAAGUUUUAUUAAAGAAUGGCAAGAGGACUUGAAAGAGUUCUUUAAGAUCGGGAAGAAGAAGAGUGGAAAGGAGGCAGGAGAUGAAAAGCAUGAAAAAUAUCCCACAAAAUCAGAGAUUACGCCUCAAACAAGUGAACAGGCCCCACAAAGACAGACAAAGAGCGUAAAGGUUGAAAAUGAGGCUGAAGAAAUAAAUAAACAGACAACGGAAGAAUCUAAACCUUCUGUUCCUACGGAAGACGUGAAGAAUGAAGACGCAAACGGCCUGAAAGAAAAGACAACUGAUGACAACCCAAAUCUAAAACCCAGAAAGAAAAAUCGAUCCAACCGAAGAAAAACCAACUCCGCGAACUACGAGGAGAGCGCGAACAUCAUGCUUGAAGUUAGGAACGCAUUGAAAGAAUCUGAGGAUUCUGGAAACCUUGAAGGAGAUGAAUCUGGGAACCAUGAUGAGGAUUUGAUGAAAACUGAGCAGGUUGGAGGAGGAGACGGACAGAAGGGAAGAAAGAAGAAAUUGACGAAAAAAGCUCAGAAACCUGAAGACGAAGAGGGAUCGGGAGAGAGCGUAAGAGAAAGAUCCGUCCUGGCUGCCGGAGGAAAACCUAAAGUGGUGGUGCCGACUCCUCGAGGUAUACCUAAACCUAAACCUAUAAGUCGGAUAACUGAUAGUAACCGGAACAGUAUGAUCUCUACAGAUAGUUUCACGGACGACGAUCUUGUUGAAGUGGACAUUCAGAAUAUGCAGAUAAAAGUACAUUCGUUGGAAGAUGAUGAAGAGUUUAAGAAAGCCGUGGAUUCAUUCGACGAAAUCUUCCAAAGUGAGAGUAGGACGGAUAUACAGAGAGCGUCAAGAAAAUCCGGGAAAAGAAAUCCUAAAAAAUUCGGGAAAGAUCCGCAACCGCCAGCUAGUGAAGAAAAUGAUGAAGAGGAAGUGAUGAAUAUGGAAACUGACAGUGUACCCUUGGAACCUGGAGUAAUCAAGAAUGUUGAUGGACAAAAUAAACAGAGAAAAGGAUCAGCUCGCUUCUCCAGGAAACAGAAUAGUAGAAGCAACAGGAGCAGUGUUGGUAGCAUGGAGGAGGAUACAGAGAGGCUGAGUCCUGACCUGACCUCGAGGCUGGUUGAGACAAAGGUUCAGAUGCAGAGGUUGGAUCAAACAUUUUCAACUCUAUGCAACGAGGUUACAAGGGAUAGUUCUACCACGAGGAGUAUCUCUGGAACACAAGUUGAAUCCCGGGGACAUUCCCUUUCUAGGACCAGGGUUCGGAUCUCUGACGAUCCCUUGGAUCAGAUUAUUGGAUCCAUGAUACAAACUCCCUCUACCAAUCCACAAACUCAGGAUCAGGCUGGUUCACCAGUUAUGUACAGAGCCGAAGUUGUCUGUAGUAAUAAAAAGGUUCGAGUUGAUGAAGUUUGAGGUUUCUCUUCUACUUAGCUUCUAUUUAGAAAACGUAGCAGGAAGAUUGUUUAAUAAUUCUUGCCGAGUUGUGGAGAAAGAUCAAGUUUGUUUGAGUGACAUAUGAUGUUUGUAAGGACAGAAUACUAAACUAUUCAUAUAACAACUAGACAUCACAUCGCCAACUAAGCAAACAACACUAUAUUCUAUAUACUUAUAUAUCUUAUCUAAGCCAAGAUAUUUUUUGGAUGAGUGCUGAUUUCUAGCUCCGAUAUUUUCAGUCCUGGUCCAUUCAAAUACUCCAACCUAUUCAAGUUUACUCAAAUCCUCUCUCAUAUACUCGGAUUAUAUUCUUACAUCCUAUUCUAUAUACUCAGCUCUGACCCUCAAUCCUAUUUUAUAUACUCAGCUCUGACCCUCAAUCCUAUUCUACUGAACACAAAUACUUAAACCUUUUCUUCCCAAUACAAAUCCUCAAACCUAUUCUACUGAACACAA